AUGACUCAUGAGCUACACCUUGGAGUCAACAAUGAACCCAUGAGGAACAAGGGAUUGGCUUUUAAGGCUGAUGAGGAGGAAGACUCAGAAGUGGACGAGGAUGAGGCUACCUUAAUUGUGCGAAGAUUUAAAAAGAUGUUCAAGAAAUGCCAAACCUCAAGGAACUUCGGGAAAAAGACCUCAAAUUCAAAGUCUGACUACAGCUGCCACAAAUGUGGAUCUCCAGAUCACUUUAUCAGAGACUGUCCCCUUUGGGAAAAUGAUAAAGGGAAAGGAAAGGCUAAGGAACAGGGAAGAGAAAAAUUCAGCAAAGCAAACUAUCAAAAGUCAGACAUGAGGAAGGCCAUGAUAGCAGCUUGGGGAGACUCAGAAAGUGAAGAAGAAUAUGAUGACCAACCAGAAGAGGAGACGGCCAAUCUUUGUUUAAUGGCCAAAUCAGAUGAUGAAAAGGUUUGCAAAGAACAUGGUGCUUGGUUGGAAACAGCCUAUGCCAAGUCUCAAAGCAAACUAAGAGAACUUGAUUUUCAGUACAAACACAUAACUGAGAUAGCUGAUAGAAUUAAGAAUGAAAGUAUUCUUCUAAAUGUUGAACUAACUCAGUAUAAGCUCAUAAAUUCUGAUAUCAGUUCUAGCAGUUCCUCACGCGAUCAGUUGCUUAAAUUCAAUGAUCAACUUGAAUCGGAACUGAAUGCCAGAAAGGAUAGAAGUAUAGACCCAAAAGUCAUACCUAAGUGGAUAGCUGAAGCUCAAGGAAAAAGAACUAAAGGCCUUGGCUAUAUGACCAAGAGGAAAGGUAAGCAAAAGAAAUAUGUUGAGCUUCCUAACAUGAAGGUCCUAGUGAGGGGGAACAACUCGUGGUAUCUUAACAGCGGUUGUUCAAAGCAUAUGACAGGUGAUAAAUCAAAAUUCCUCUCACUAGAAGACUACCCUGGAGGAACAGUAACCUUUGGUGAUAAUAAGAAGGGAAAGAUCAUUGGAAAAGGCAAAAUUGGAAGAUCUAAAUCUCAUUCCAUUGAUAAUGUGUUCCUGGUCGAGGGCUUAAUGCACAAUUUGCUCAGUAUAUCACAAUUCUGUGAUAAAGGAAACUCUGUAAGUUUUACUUCUGAUUCUUGCAACAUCAUCAACAACAAGCCAGGAAAGGUUGUUCUAGAAGGAACAAGAAGAGGGAACACUUAUACAGUCGACCUCAACUUAAUCCCAAGGAACAACCUUACAUGUCUGAGUGUUGUUGAAGAUGAUCCCCUGCUAUGGCAUAAACGUUUUGGACAUGCUAGGUUUUCAUUGCUGGACAAGCUGAGUAAAGAUGAAACUUUUAACGAGUUUGUUGCUUUUGCCAAGAAAAUACAGAAAAUCAGUGGUCACUCCAUAGUCCAUCUCAGAUCAGAUCACAGAACUGAAUUUGAGAACUCAAGAUUCGAUGAGUUUUGCAGGGAAAAUGGCAUGAAUCAUAACUUCUCAGUUCCAAGGACUACCCAACAUAAUGGAGUUGUAGAAAGGAAGAAUCAAACCCUUGAGGAAAUGGCUAGAACGAUGCUGAUUGCAAUUGGAUUGCCAAGAAACAUCUGGGCUGAAGCCGUGAAUACAGCAUGUUAUAUCCUCAACAGGGUAACAAUCAGAAAUAUCAUCAACAAGACUCCCUAUGAACUAUUCAGGGGAAGGAAGCCAAACAUAUCUCAUCUUAGAGCCUUUGGUUGUAAGUGCUUUGUACAUAAUAAUGGUAAGAAAAACCUAGAGAAAUUUGAUGAAAGAAGUGAAGAGGCUAUAUUUCUAGGAUAUGCCUCUGAUAGCAAAGCUUAUAGUGUUUACAAUAAAAGCUCAAUGUGUGUUGAGGAAAGCAUUCAUACAAUCUUUGAUGAAGUUAACCAGUUUGUGAAUGAUGAACAAGCAGAAGAAGCAGAAGGAACAGAACCAGAAACUCCUCAAAUUGGAGUUUCAGCAAGGGAAUUUCAGCCCAGGCCAUUCAUGUAUCAAGGUUCCCAUCCAACUGAUCUAAUUAUCAGUGAUAUAGGAAAAGGAACUCAAACAAGAUCACAAAUGAGGAACUACUGCGCAUUUCAUGCAUUUCAGUCCAUUCUAGAGCCAAGAAAUCAUCAAGAAGCCUUGGGAGAUGCUGAUUGGAUAGUGGCCAUGCAAGAGGAACUGAAUGAGUUUGAAAGGAACAAAGUCUGGCAACUUGAGCCAACGCCUAAGGGAAAGAAAGUAAUUGGGCUCAAAUGGGUGUUCAGGAACAAGCUUCAUGAACAUGGCACCAUAGUAAGGAACAAGGAUAGAUUAGUUGUGAAAGGCUACAACCAACAGGAAGGUAUUGAUUUCAAUGAAACCUUUGCUCUUGUGUUUGUUGAACAACCUCCUGGUUUCGAAAAUCCUAAAUUUCCAAAUCAUGUUUUUAAGCUUGAUAAAGAUCUCUACGGGCUUAAACAAGCUCCAAGAGCCUGGUAUGAAAAGCUUUCAAAGUUCCUACUGGAAAAUGAUUUCAAAAGAGGAAAAGUAGACAAAACUCUUUUUAUUAAAUCUCGAGGAACUGAUUUGUUAGUUGUACAGAUCUAUGUAGAUGAUAUUAUAUUUGGUUCUACAAACAAUGGAUUGUGCAAAUUUCAGUAUAACCCUAAAGAAUCACAUCUAAUGGUUGUUAAGAGAAUUUUGAGAUACCUCAAAGGAACAGAUGACCUGUGUCUGUUCUAUCCUAGAAGUGAUGACUUUAUGCUUAGAGGAUUCACAGAUGCUGACUAUGCAGAUUUCAUAAUGUCCGACGUUUCUGAUAGUAAGAAUAUAAGUGAGCCUCAAGUGGCCACAAAACCGGAUUCUCCUUCCCGAUCAUCUCCUUCAGGUGAGCGCCCUGCACACACUCGUCCUAUUUCUCGUUCUUCUUCCCCCAUUCCUGUACAAAUGGUUAUGCCUUUUGAUUGUCCCCCCGCUGCGAGCGGGACGGGUACUGCUGCGACACCUACUGCUGCGUCUGGGUCAGGUAGUAGUCGUCCUGCUGAGGGUAGUGCCUUUCGCCCUUUUCAGCGCAAGCCUCACCCUGAUUUCUUUGAUCCAUACUACGAGAGGGUGCUUGUAAAGGAUGGGAUUCCUUUAUCCCACCUCACUCGUUUAAGGCUGCGCGCAAUGCGCCAUAAGAUGUUAGCUGAUGCUGUUAAGGCUAAUCCCCCUAACGUUCUCUUGUUAGCCCCAUUCCCCAUGUUCAGCCCUUAA